CGACUGCCGAUGGCGAAGGAAAAGCCUUGUUGAUCUUACCGAACGAGUGCAAUAACAUUGCGACUAACGGACCGUAAGUUGCGGCCCGUCUUGGUUGUAUCCAAUGACGUUGCAUGUAGCUGUCGGGGGUGAGUGCGCGUAGUUGAACAUAGCUUUACGAAGGAUUGCAGCACAGCUCGAAACCACCAAAUCACACGCACUUCUGGACGUCGAAGGGUCACCCUGCAGGAUUCACGGACAGGAAAAAAGUACGAUACGACAGUGCUUCGUCAGAUACAGUGGUAUGUACUUGAAUAAGAAGCGGCAGUAAUCAAGCGAUAUUGAUACCUGGGACCUGGGAUUCGUAGAUCAGUAUUUGAACGAUGCUUUGUCCCAAAGCCUUGUGUGCAAGUGACGUCCGGGUCCCUCUGGAUUCUGUCACUACUCACGUAUAUUCACCAUGAAUGACUAUCGGAAAGUCCUCAAUAUCGUCGGGUGGACGAUUCUCGCACUGUCGAUGGUAUUUGUGGUAGCGCGAUCGUACACCCGUACACGAAUCGUGAGGACGAGUCUAGGAUGGGACGAUUGGUGCAUGGUUGCUGGCCUGAUAUUUGCUUUGAUUUGCACGUCGCUCGUCACAGCUGGCACCGCACACGGGCUCGGACAGCAUGUUUGGGAUAUAAGGGAUCCGGGAGAUGCAGCUUUAGCUGCUAUGUGCGUGCUAUUGGCGUCAUGCUUCUCCAUCUUCAGCGCAUUCUUCACAAAAUCAUCCAUCAUCAUCGCGUUGAUGAGAAUUCGAGGACACACAGCACACCUGUCGCACAAUUGUAUCGGAUACGCUCCUCUAGUCCUUAUGUUCGUUCUCUCCGUGCUGUCAUGCUCAAUUACGAUAUUCUUUUGCUCGCCUGUGGAAAAGUUAUGGAGACCUCAGAUGGAGGGCACCUGCCUGAACCCCGCUUGGCUGAAUGUUGGUGCAAGAUUGGUCUCAGGCAUGUUCGAAUACCUGCGAACAUCAUGUCGGACACUGAAGUUCGCAGCAUACAACGCCAUCAUGGACGUUUUUUGCGCUGUCAUGCCGUACUUGGUAAUUCGAAGCCUCAACGUCCCGCGAAAAGACAAGCGAGUCCUGAUAUUCCUGAUGGGAGGUAGUAUCCUUGGUACAUUCGCUACCGUGAUGAAGAUCAUAGCAAUGCACAGCAUCUCCAAUGCUGCAGACAUGACCUAUUCCUGGUCAGAGCUCAUAAUAUGGUCGCUGACCGAAAAUAAUAUUUUCAUAAUCGCCGGAUCGUUCCUUGCAUUAAAACCAUUUUGGCGUGUUGUCAUCGGCAGAUACAGCUCAUCCAUAUCGUCAGAUGCACCACGGGGGACACCACGGCGAGGAGAACACGAACGAGCGAUCGAGGAUAAAGAGAUGCAAGUGUAUAAUGUAGGGUCAAAGCCCAAAACUGGGAAGACACCCAAUCUGUUUUCGACAACGUUUCGAGUCAGCAGCGAGGAGAGCUUGUGUCCGCAGCAAGACAGCACUUCCUUGGAGACCAUUGAAGGUAUAUUGCACAACCAUGGAGAUGAUCGGUUCAAAAGGCAGGCCCACAUAGCGAGCAGUCGUAAUGGUGUAGUAUCGUCUAGCGAUGGAAUGAACAUAACAGUCACAAACGAGGUGGAGAUCAAAUAGACAUCUCACUAACGAGCCACAUGACCUCGACCCCUCGAAUUGCGAGCUUUAUGUCGUGAACAAUAUUUGGCCG